GGGGACGCGGGCGGGGCGGGCGCGCGGCGGCCGGUCACGUUUCUGCCCGUAUGAAGCCCGAGCCGGGACGCGGCGGGCCGGUGGGACGCGGCGCGCGCGGAAUAUAUUGAUGACACUUUGAGAUUUAGGAAGAUCAUGAUUAGUACAUUUUUUGAGGUGUGAACUUCAGCUCUCUGCAGAAAGUGAACCUGGCUCAACUUGGUUUGCCUCCUGUAUCGCAGAGGUGUCCGGACUCUGUAAUGGUCAAAGAUUUCCAGUAGAAGAGGAUGAGACAAGAAUUAAGUGCAUGUGGCAGACUCUGGACCUAGGCACCUCAUGCUUUUGAUGCUAGCUGGGAGGGAGCUUGAUAAACACUUUUGCCACCUUUUCGUAGAAAAAACAGAUUUGUGCAUCUGUCCUUCCAAACAGAGUUUAUACAGAAGGAAAAUUCUGAAUAUGGCUUGAUUUGCUCUUGGUCUUGGCAGUGUUUCUGAUGAGUGUCCCACGGACUCUGUCAAGUUCUGGGGGUUUUCCUCUAGCUCUGAGGAGCAGAACCCUGAGCAGCAGCCUGGGGUCAGUGGAAACAUUUCUCCAUCAUUCUCCUUAAAAGAGCAGCUCAAGAUGAGUGAUUAUUCUGGACUUCCCAGUGACCAUAGCCAGAUGAUUGCUGAAGAUGCAGAAAUUCAAGCAAAGCCUGAACACUCUCAUGGAGUUCUUCAGGAAGAUAUUGAAAUGAGCAGUGGCUCCAGUGGAAAUGAUUCCAGUGGGAAUGACACAAAUGAAAACUAUUCAAGUGGGCAUGAUUCUCAUGGUCAUGAAUCUGAUGAAAAUGGGAAGGAUUCAGCAAUGCUCAUGGAAUCUUCAGACUGUCAUAAAAGUUCAAGCUCAAAUGCGUUUAGUCUGAUGAUUGCAAACUCUGAACACAAUCAGUCCAGCAGUGGAUGCAGUAGUGAGCAGUCCACUAAAGCCAAAACACAAAAGGAAUUGCUGAAAACUCUGCAGGAGCUGAAAGCCCACCUUCCUUCUGAGAAGAGAGUCAAAGGCAAAUCCAGUGUCCUAACAACAUUGAAAUAUGCCCUCAAAAGCAUUAAGCAAGUUAAAGCCAAUGAGGAAUAUUACCAGUUGUUGAUGAUUAAUGAAUCCCAACCUGCUGGUCUCAAUGUAUCAUCUUACACAGUGGAAGAAGUGGAGACUAUAACCUCAGAAUACAUCAUGAAAAAUGCGGAUAUGUUUGCUGUGGCUGUUUCUUUGAUAACUGGGAAAAUUUUGUACAUCUCUGAUCAAGCUGCUUCUAUUCUGCGCUGCAAGAGGGGUUAUUUUAAAAAUGCCAAAUUUGUGGAGUUCUUGGCACCUCAGGAUGUCAGUGUGUUCUAUACUUCUACCACCCCGUACAGAUUACCAUCAUGGAACAUUUGCAAUAGAGCUGAGUCUUCCACCCAGGAUUGCAUGGAAGAGAAAUCUUUUUUCUGUCGCAUCAGUGCGGGAAAGGAGCGUGAAAAUGAGAUUUGCUAUCACCCAUUCCGGAUGACUCCUUACCUUAUCAAAGUGCAAGAUCCAGAAAUAGCAGAGGACCAGCUUUGCUGUGUAUUGCUUGCAGAAAAAGUCCAUUCUGGUUAUGAAGCACCCAGAAUUCCUCCUGACAAAAGGAUUUUUACAACUACACACACACCAACCUGUUUGUUCCAGGAUGUAGAUGAAAGAGCAGUACCUCUGUUGGGAUACCUACCUCAGGAUUUAAUAGGAACACCAGUCUUGGUGCAUCUUCACCCAAAUGACAGACCCUUAAUGCUAGCAAUUCACAAAAAAAUUCUUCAGUAUGGAGGGCAGCCUUUUGACUACUCACCAAUCAGGUUUUGCACUAGGAAUGGAGAUUAUAUCACCAUGGACACCAGUUGGUCCAGUUUCAUCAACCCUUGGAGUAGAAAAGUUUCUUUUAUUAUUGGAAGACACAAAGUUAGGACGGGUCCCUUAAAUGAAGAUGUCUUUGCUGCUCCCAACUACACAGAGGACAGGAUCCUUCACCCCAGUGUUCAGGAGAUCACUGAGCAGAUCUAUCGGCUCCUACUGCAGCCUGUACACAACAGUGGAUCCAGUGGCUAUGGAAGUCUGGGUAGCAAUGGUUCACAUGAGCACUUGAUGAGUGUGGCAUCCUCCAGUGACAGCACAGGAAAUAAUAAUGAAGAUGCUCAAAAGGAUAAACCAGAGGUUUGUCAAUAUGCCCGUAAGGUCAAGAAUAAAGGACAGCGUAUUUUCACUGACAGUAAAGCAAAACUGGAUUAUAAGAAAGAGUCUUUUGCAGAAAAACAGAAUACUGCUGGUGGUCAGGUGAAAGGUGUAGGGGGAAAGGAUACUGCAGGAACAGCUGCUCCAAAAAAUGUGACUACUGAAGAGCUGGCUUGGAAAGAGCAACCUGUGUAUUCCUAUCAGCAGAUCAGCUGUUUGGACAGUGUCAUCAGGUACCUGGAGAGUUGUAACGUGCCUGGAACAGCAAAAAGAAAAUGUGAACCUUCAACAAGUGUUGAAUCACUGAGUUCUGGAGUUCAUGAACAAAAAGCAGCUGAUGAUUCUAUCCAGCCUUUGGGAGAUCCUGCUGUGUUGAAGGCAUCUGGUAAAUCAAGUGGUCCCCCAGUGGUUGGUGCUCACUUGACAUCUUUGGCUUUACCUGGCAAGCCUGAAAGUGUUGUGUCUCUGACCAGUCAGUGCAGCUACAGUAGCACCAUUGUUCAUGUUGGAGACAAAAAAACACAACCUGAAUUAGAAAUGAUAGAAGAUGGUCCAAGUGGAGCAGAAAUCAUAGAUGGCCAACUUCUUGCUCCUCCAUCCAGCUCUGCACACAUAAAUCAAGAGAAGGAGCCAUUUAAAAAACUGGGGCUUACGAAGGAGGUCCUUGCAGUGCAUACGCAAAAAGAGGAGCAGAGCUUCCUGAAUAAGUUCAAAGAAAUCAAGAGAUUUAAUAUUUUUCAAUCACACUGCAAUUACUACUUACAAGAUAAACCAAAAGGACGGCCUGCUGAACGUGGUGGCCGUGGACAAAGAAAUGCCACUUCUGGAAUGGAUCAGCCUUGGAAGAAAAGCGGAAAAAACAGGAAAUCAAAGCGGAUUAAACCACAGGAAUCUUCAGACAGCACAACUUCUGGAGCUAAAUUCCCCCACCGGUUCCCCCUCCAAGGGUUAAAUGCCACAGCCUGGUCACCAUCAGAGACUUCCCAAGCCAGCUACUCAGCGGUGUCCUUCCCCACUGUCAUGCCUGCAUAUUCCCUUCCUGUUUUUCCAGCAGCAGGGACGGUGCCACCGGCUCCUGAAACUCCACUCUCUGGUUUUAAUCACCUGCCAGACUCUGGAAACGCUUGCCCCGUGCAGCCAUCCCAGUUCUCUGCACCCUUCAUGACCCCCGUGGUGGCUCUUGUGCUCCCCAACUACAUGUACCCGGAGAUGAACAAUAACUUACCUCAGCCGCUUUACCCCAGCCAGCCCAGCUUCCCUGGCCAUCCCGCCUUCUCCUCGCAGACAGUGUUCCCACCACAGCCCCCCUUUGCCACCCCCAGCCCCUUCCCACAGCAGGCGUUUUUCCCAGCACAGCCAUUCCAGUACAACCCCCCAGCAGAGACUGAGAAGGCUCCUGCGGCGGAGCCGCGCAACGACCCCUCGCGCUCCUGCACCCCGCAGUCGCCGGGCCCUCAGGACCAGGCCUCACCGCCUCUGUUCCAGUCGAGGUGCAGCUCUCCUCUGAAUCUCCUACAGCUGGAAGAAACCACAAAAGCUGCAGAGAGUGGAGCUCCUGCGGGUUUACACGGAGCUCUGGGUGAGGAGGGAGCCAUGGGCAAGAUCAGGACAUCGGAUAACGGCAGCGGGAAGGAAUCCUUACCUGCUGAAUCUCCAAUGGAUGCUCAAAACAGCGAUGAGCUGUCCAUGUCCAGUGUCCUGCUGGACAUUCUGCUGCAGGAGGAUGCGUGUUCAGGCACUGGCUCAGCCUCCUCAGGGAGCGGGGUGUCUGCAGCGGCCGAGUCCCUGGGCUCUGGCUCCAAUGGCUGUGGCAUGUCAGGGAGCAGAACAGGUAGCAGUGAAACUAGUCACACCAGCAAAUACUUUGGGAGCAUUGAUUCCUCAGAGAAUCACCAUAAAACCAAAAUGAAGACAGAAAUAGAAGAAAGUGAGCACUUCAUCAAGUAUGUGCUUCAGGAUCCCAUCUGGCUGCUGAUGGCCAACACAGACGACACAGUGAUGAUGACUUACCAGAUCCCCUCACGGGAUUUGGAAACAGUUUUAAAAGAAGAUAAGCAGAAAUUAAAGCAAAUGCAGAAACUACAGCCAAAAUUUACAGAAGAACAAAAAAGAGAGCUUAUUGAAGUUCAUCCAUGGAUCCAGCAAGGUGGACUGCCAAAAACAGUUGCUAAUUCUGAAUGUAUUUUUUGUGAGGACAAUAUACAGAGCAAUUUUUAUACAUCAUAUGAUGAGGAAAUCCAUGAAAUGGACCUUAAUGAAAUGAUUGAAGAUAGUGGAGAAAACAACUUGGUUUCCCUGAAUCAAGUCAGUGAAGAACAAACAUAGCCUUUGAGCCUGUUGUUUUGAAAAUUGUUUCAAAACGACAGUGAAGGAUCCAAAAAGGUUUUAAUCUUUUAUCCAGCAGGAUGAAUCCAAUUCAUAUAAGCAAAUGUGUUUUUCUUGCUCUAGAAGAGUCAUUUGUGAAUGAAUCUCUUCUUAAAUGGUGGCAAUCUCUUCCCAGUAAGGACAUUGUUGAAGAUGGUAUAGCUUUUCUUUAAAAGACUCAUUUUGCACUUACAUGCCUCAAAUAUUUCUUUAUGAACUACAGAAACUUUCAUUGAUGCCUACUGUUUUUUGUAGAGUGGGUUAAGAAGUGCUGAAAAUCUCCUCACAUACGUACGGUUCUUCAAAUCUCCUUUUGGUGAUGAUUCAGCAUUAUAAAUUGUUGAGCAAUUUUGCUUAGUGGCUCUUUAGCAUUGUUCUAAAUAUUUGAAGUGGUCCAGCACAGUAGAAGAAAUAACCUUCCAGGAAAUCAAGUCACAUUGCCCUUCUCAUACCAGUUGAUCCCAUCCUCUUUGUUUGUCUCCUCCAGUUUUGAAUGUAGGAACAUUUUUUUGUCUAAGAGGGAUGUUGAGCUAAUUUUGUAAGAUGGUCUGGGGUUAAAGUUCACUUUGAUGUGUAAUUAUAGAGGAGUGCUGACAACUUUGUAGCCUUUUAUUGAAAUGGACACUGCAAAACUGGGAACUGUUUAAUACCUUGAAGCAUAAUUUCUGAGAAUGUAUACUCAAGAAAUCCUUGUGCUUAAAGAUUUUAAAACCUUCAGACCACAGAGGAUGACUGGCCAUGCUCCAGUGGCUGUUAGACAGAGCUUGGGGUAACUUUAACCUUUAUUUCUGACUUAUUCUGUCAGGAGGUUGGCCAUCAGUUUUUCCAAUGUGGCUAAACAAACAUCAAAUUUGUAUGUGGCAAGGAAGGAUUAGAUGUGUCUAGUCAUUUGAAGAUAGUUCUUAUAAAAAAGAAGUGAUUUUGAGAAUAGUGUUGACUCACUCUGUUUGAUUUACACAAUCUCAGAUUUAGUGUGGCUGGAAUCCUUUGCUGUUGAAGAUUUCAUUUUAAUGCCUCUGAGACUGUAUUGACUUGAAUAUGUGUACUUUAUGUUCUUGUGCUAUUUAUGUCUGUAGGAUGUGGGAAGAGAACACGAGAGAGCAACUUUUAAUAUGUUGGUUAGUUAAAGGGCAUUUAGUUGCUGUAUUGCUAGAUGUCAGCUGUAAGUCUUGGGGUGAAAAAUGACGAAAGUUAAUUCAAUUAACCUUGAUACAUUUGUCUUAAAAUAUGUUUCAUGGGAAGCAUUUCCUUUUUUAUGAGGAUAACAUUUCUAUUCACUGAAAUUCAAGGUUAUUUUCAUUCUAUACAAAGGUUUCUCUUUGUAUACAGAGAGGAUGUGAAGUUAGAUCUGACACCAAAACAUGCGAAAGCGACUGGUAUUCACUUAGCGGAAGAAAUAACUUGUUUCAAGUAAUUAGUUAUUAAUUGGAAAAUUUGCACUGGAGACAGGUUCUGCAGGUAGCAAAGUGUGUCAACUUGGGAAACAAGCAGAAUCACAAUCUUAAAAAAUAAAUAAGUAUCUUAAGUGUAAUGUGAAGCACUACCCAGCAAGAUCUGAUUCCUGUCUUUAACAGCUGAGCAAGGUCAAACGUAAAUAUUUGUAAAUACAAAGUGAAUGAGAAAUUUUCCAGUGUUGGUGUUCACGUCCACUGUAUUAAAUGUUUUAAUCAUAAAUGGAACAGUGCAGCUAUAGCAACAUAUGAAAUGUAUUUCAUUUUUACAUGGAGACACAAACAUGGACCAGGGUUUGAGAAAAAUAAAAGCUUUAUAUAAAAGGAGUGCAUCAUAGUUAUACAAAUAAUUUUCAAAGACUUCUCAACCACUUUGAACUUCUUUGCUUUAGCAUGCUUUUUUUUCCCUACCAUGUCUUUUUUUAUUUGUCCUCAUUUCUUUUAUUUUUUUUUUUCGAUGACCAUCUUGUAACCAUAACUUAGUGGAAGGAAGAGAAAAGUACAUUUAGAGCAUUUUGUGGAUGUGCUUACUUAUGGACUUAAUCUUGCAUCCUUAAAGUGUUUGCAUUUACAGGGUGGUAUUAAAAUAUUUUCCUGUAACUUUAAAUCUACAUGCCUCCAUUUAUAGAUAAGAUUCUGAAGCUGUAAUUUUUCCAAACUGUUGUAAGAUGAUUUAUUUGUGAUGACACUUUGUCAACAUGUCAACAAUGUUUUCUGUACACUGUGCAAUAUAUUUUGGUUUUGCCACUUGUGACUAAUUUUUAUGACUUUGCUUUUUAGAAAACUGGUAAAUAAAACAAAUAUAUUUUUAGUUGCCUUUUUGUUCCUUGGGGCUUCUACUCCAAGCAAGAAUUCAGAAUAUGUGCUUUACUGAUGGUAUGUGAACUGGUAUUUCAAACUCUGGCUUCCUGUCCUGGGGUUAAAUUGCUGCCAGUUUUUCUGACCUCUACAUUUAGUGGUCACAUGAAAGGCUCAGUCUUUAUGCUGAGGAGCUGUUCUGAAAUCAUGUGCAGGUUUCCUGGCAGAGCACGUGCAGCCGGGCUCUGUGCAGUUAGAUCUGCCAGAAGACACCUUGAUUGUGCUUUUGGCUUUGUCCAGUGUCAGCCUGAGCUUUUUUACAGGGUGGCUUAGGGACAGAGAAUUCCAGUUACCCCCCUGGGAUUUGCUCUGUGCAGUGAUUUUCAGUCUUCUGUCGAGGUGUGAGGUGGUGUCUGAAGAUUGAUAAAACUUUCCAAGCCGGAGUGCUCCCCUGUUGGUGUUUAAUUCUCUGUGAGGGGAGCAGUGCUGGAGCUCAGGGCUUGGACUCCCCCUGUCCACGAGGGACUCAGGUUAUGACACCCUCAUUAACUGGUUUUUUCCAUGGCUGUGUUUUGAAUGUUUGUGGAAUUUUUUGAAUAGAGCAAGCUAGUACAAGCCCUGAUUUGGUCAUAAAGGACCCAGAUACUUCUGUAGGCUGCACAGUCGAGGUGUUUGGGUACCACAGAACAGUGCAGCACACAGGUGAGUCACAUUCACACCCGAGGGCACAAUGGUGGGAGUGUGCACUUAAUUGCCAAGACCUGCAUUUUAAAACAUGCUUGUUGAACACAUCACCCAAGCCCCUUUGCAGUCUUCUGAAUGAACCCUAAAUUUGUGGGCAGUUUGUCUGUCUGCAAACAUUUCUGUCCUAGCAGCCCUUCAGGUAAGUGUGCAGAGCAGAGAUGUGGUGAUGGAGCUUCGACAGAACUCCAGACCUGAGCGUCGCCCACCCAAACGGGGUCCCUGUGCCCCUCCAGAGCCGCUGGAUUUGGAUGCAAGGUCUGAUAACGAGAGCCUUGGGAGCACUGAGGUGCUGCUGGUGGGAUAAACUGCCAGGUAAUGUUCCACACGAAUUUCUGCUUUUGAUUAUUUUUUUUCAAUUGUGAAUGUAGUAAGAGUAUGAGUUAUGUGUGGCUUCAGGUCUUCCUGUACUCCUCCUUGGUGAGGUAUCUCCUGUCAGCACCCAGAGCCACGGGCUGGCACUGCAGAGCUGUAGGGAGGAGCCUUUGUCCGAGUUUGUCCCACGUCAGCAGCCCCUAGAUGUCACUGGUGUCCUGGGAUUAUCUUUGGCAGCAUUUCCACCCGUUGGUCUUUAUUCAGUUUGCUUGUAUAUUUGGGCUGUUGAGUUUGUCAUGGCAUUAUUUGAUGUGAAGUGAAAGCUCUGUGGCUUGAAUUUCAAAUAAGAUGAUGGCAAAAUUCAUACUGAAAAGCUGUUGGCACAGCGGCAGUAAAUGUAAACAUAAGCUCUGUUUGGAAAAAGGAAACAGACUGCUGAAAGCAUCAGGUUUUAGUCCACUUAACAGCUGUCAUGAAUUUAGAGGUGAAAGAAGAUGCUGUCCUUACUGAGAAUUAGGAUCCUUGAUGGUUAUUUUGUUUCUAAGGAUGGCAAGAACCCAAGGCAUUGAUAAGCCUUUGACCCAAAAAAAGAACAUGGUGAAAUGUGUUGCAUGUUUCUGGCAAAGUAACAAACAGAUGACUUGAAGGAGGAUAAGGCUUGUAGGUGUAACUUCCAGAAAUUCCACUGUUUAAUUGAUCACAAGUGCUUAGGAGCUUAAGACAUUUAUUCAGUAUGUUGAACAAGGUAAUGAAAAGCUCAGAAACUCCUUUUUCUCAGGCUGUGGAAAAGGAACUUAUUUUUAGGGGUGGUGCACAAGGUGUGCAACAGCUUUGUCUCUGCUUCACUGAAACAAAAUACCAAACAAACAAAAAACUCACCCAAACUUCCCCAGGCUUUCCAAGCGGAAAAGCAACAUAAGACUGGGUAGAAACCGAGGCAGCUGAUCUCUUAAUCAUGGGUAUUUCUCUGGGUAUGUGCUGAUAAAACAUGAGCUCCCCCAGGCUGCUGUGCAGCAGCAGUGUGUGUGUGGUGAGGUUUCAUUCCCUGGGAUUUCUGGCUCUGUAGCUGUAGACAGAAGCUGCUGUGGCAGCACGUGAAGUGUUUAACCUCGGUGGAUGAUACAGAGUAUGAGAACACUUGCCACUCCCUUAGAAAAUUUUUUUUGCUGAAGGACACGUUGUUAGAGGCCCCAUGUCCUAAGGCGGGUGCUGUGGCAUGGCUGAGGGAUGCCCAGGGGUGGGACAAUGCUGUCUGUGUAGCAGGAAAGGGAAAUGAGCACCUGCUGCACUGGGGUGAAAGGUUUGGUGGGGCAGCCACUACACCCUCAGCCCUAGAGGGAUGUACUGCUUUGCACUUCAUUUUUUUUUCAUUUGUUUCAGAGACAAAUACAGGGGUGGAUUCAAAUUUCCUGGUAUUCCAGGAUUUGUCGAGGUGUACUUCUCACUCCUCAGUCUGUAGUAAAACAGGAUAUAGUGAAUUUACUGCUCUCUUUAAAUUGUUACAGUGGUCUAAAAGUAAACUGCUUGUGUUGCUGUUGCACUGCCUGCUUCAAAAAUUCUACUUCUGUCCAAGAACUUAAUGGCUAUGCUUUUCCUUUUUAAAAAAACCUGACUAUUGCUUGUCUGAUGUAAGGUCUACUGCUUUCCCUUCUGUUGAGCUGACUCCCUUGGAAAUCUGUGGCCUUUUUGUACAGGGUGCUGGAUGAAUUCAGCAGGUGUCCUUCUCUAAUUGGCUGUACUCUAAUUUGCGUGGCUGUGGGAAGCAGCAGAAGGGUUGGGUGGGAGGGCUGUGCUCACCCUGCUUUGCUUUGGAGGAGCACUGGGGCUGGAGCAGUUUGGGGUUGUGGUAUCUGGCAGGAUGGGCCCGAUUCUUUCAAGCUCCCAGGUGAGUGAUACACAGGAUUUACACCAAUGAUUUAAUCUGGGCCAUCUGUCCAUUCUGUUUGCUGUCACUUUUGUUCCUCCUGACGUCCUCUCUCCGGCGUUUAAGUGUUCGCAGUUUUGUUGGGAGCAUGUAAAGACUGAGGCUGACACAUAAAUUAGGCUCAGGACUUUCUUUGUUCUUGUGUUAAUAAACUUCUCUCACCUCCUUUAACCUUCAGUCUCAGUUUUGAAUACUGGCAGAUCUGUCCUCACAUAUUUUGGAGAACAAUUCUUUUGUGGUUCAGUUGUGUUUCUAAAUUUGGUUAAACCCAGGGUUUUCUGCUGAAAAUGGUUAAUUAAAUUGCAGAGUAUCAACUUUGUGCUGAGCAGUACCUGCAAUGCAGAGGUGCUGUUUCUUCUAGAGUCCUAAAAUACGAGGUUUGUUUCUGCAGCACUAGAGAAUUCUAGGAAACAAAAUCAUGUUAUUUUUCUCUUGCAGUGAGAGAACACAUGUAAUCUACUAUACCAACCAGAGUAUUUCAGUAUCAAAUGGUAUGUAAGUGAACCAUUUUGUGUUUUUCAUUGUUCAAUGUAAUAGCUAUCUAAUAGUGUCGUUUCUCUUCCUGUUUAGGCUAAAUGAGGUUUCAAUUUACUUAAAAAAAAAAAAAAGAA